AUGAGUGUUCCUGGAGCUAUAGCACCUCCUCCAGGCGUUACACCGCACUUCCAUGGACCGAUGAACGACAAGCAGAAGCAGGUUGCUACCGCAGCCUCGGUAAAUAUGGCUCUCUCAACCCUGUUCCUGGUUCUCCGGCUGUAUACACGUGGUAUCAUCGUAAGGUCGUUUGGAUCGGAUGACUGCCUUUGCUGUAUCGUUCGCCUCUCUUUCUUUCCCUGCGGGUUUGGAAAGCAUUUCUGGGACAUACCAGUCACUGAACUCCAUCCAUUCCUACAGCUCAUAGGAACGAUAGCCAUUGUCUACGUCUGGGCAACUACCAUGCCUAAGAUAUCGCUGCUGCUUUUAUAUCAUCGACUAACCCCAGAUAAGACAUUUCGGCUCGCCAUCUAUGUCUUAAUGUUCAUAAUAACGGCCUUUACCAUCUCCCAUACCAUAAUCGUCGCCGCUGGAUGCAGCCCGCUCGACUCUUCAAAGUCGGGAUGUCUAAACACUCUUUCGUUUGCGGCAGCAGUGAUCAACAUCAUUUGCUAUGGUUUCGUAAUGAUCUUACCUCUUCCUUUGGUAUGGAGCCUACAGCUACCCCACAGGCAGAAGAUUGGCCUGGGACUACUGUUUGCUGGAGGAUCAUUAGUGAUUAUUGCAAGUAUCAUCAGAGUCCGGCUCGCGAAGGCUUUGCAGGGAAAGAAAGACAUCUCUUUCGCGGAGGGUGACAUUGGUAUUUGGUCACUCGUAGAAAUCAAUGUCGGAGUAAUAUGCAACUGUCUAGUCGUCAUGAAGCCCUUCUUCCGCCGACACUUAGGCAAUAUUUUAGGUUCUUCAGGAGCGGAUUCGCAUAAUUCGCCUUAUUCGUUCAACAUUGGCUCCGUGUUCUCUCGCUUCAAGAAACAACAACGCGAACCACGGUCUUAUCGCCUCACGUCUCUUGAUAGAUCAGGUCGUCCUGGAGAUUCGGAGUUGCAAAUGCCGCAGAGCACACAGAGGAGUAUUACUGUUAGCCAUACCUACGAGGUCACGGCGAACCGGGGCGAGUUCGAUACGGAGAGUACGGAGGAUAUGAUGAAGAGUGCAGGGCACGAACGAGCGGGGAAAGAUCUGGUUUGAAUAGGUUACAUGCAUCACAGACUCUGUUUGACCUAGAGAAAGAUAGGACAUUAAAUAUAUGAAUCAAUGGAAAUACUGCCGUCAAGUGAAGUAGUCCGAGG